UGACUAGCUGGUAUGAGAGAUGAAAGGCAAAUUUGAAAGAAUGAGAUGACGGGCAGAGUGUUUAGUGAAGCUCACGAAUUUCUACACAAUCCUCACUUUCGAAAUCAGAAAAAACUCCGGACUUACCAACUCGAACUUCCCGAACAAAGCCGAGAUUUUUUCCCUUCCAAAAACGCCGCAACGCCAUCAUUAAAUUGGUCGUACCAUAUACGGAACUGCGUGUCCCAAGGGAAUUUUAAAGAAGCCCUUUGGAUCUAUGCCCGAAACCGCGGUACCCGAAGCAUAAUACUAGGUGCUGUACCCAUAGUGCUCAAAGCUUGUGCCUCCCUUUCUAUGGUUAUUCCUGGCAAGGCUUUACACGCUGAAUGCGUGAAGUCAGGGGUGGAAUUUGAUGUGAUGGUGGGUACUGCAUUGGUUGACUUGUAUGGAAAAUGUGGAGAUGUUGUGAGUUCGCGCCAGGUGUUUGAUGAUAUGCCUAAGAGAAACGUGAUUACGUGGAAUGCAAUGAUCGGUGGGUAUAUGAAGAAUGGGGACACAAAUUCUGCAUUGCUAGUGUUUGAAAGUAUGCCAGAGAGAACUUCAGUAACGUGGAAUGAAAUGAUCGAUGGGUAUGGGAGAAAUGGGGACUUAGUGAUGGCGAAGCAGUUAUUUGAUAAGGUUCCAGAUGAGUUGAGAAAUGUGGUGACUUGGACUGUGAUGGUUGAUGGUUAUGCUAGCUGUGGGGAGAUGGAUGCUGCAAGGGAAGUGUUUGAGGGGAUGCCGAGAAGGAACUUUUAUGUCUGGUCAUCCAUGGUAUCAGGGUAUUUCAAGAAGGGUGAUAUUAAGAAUGCUAAAGCUAUUUUUGAGAGGAUGACUUCAAAGAAUUUGGUGAAUUGGAAUUCACUGAUUUCUGGGUACACACAAAAUGGGUUGUGUGAGGAAGCUUUAGAAGCCUUCAGAACAAUGCAGGAUGAAGGGUUUGAGCCAGAUGAGGUUACAAUGGCGAGCGCUUUAUCAGCUUGUGCUCAGCUGUCGUUAUUGGAUGUUGGCAAGGAAAUACACGAGAUGAUUGUUCAGAAGGGGGUUAAAGCAAACCAGUUUGUUCUGAAUGGAUUGGUUGACAUGUAUGCAAAGUGUGGCGAUUUGAGCAAUGCCAGAUUGAUCUUUGAGGGAAUGCCACAUAAAAACGAUGCAACUUGGAAUUCUAUGAUCUCUGGUUUUGCCAUUCAUGGUCAACCUGAGGAGGCCAUUGAACUUUUUAGAAGAAUGGAGAACUCUGGUGUGACUCCUAACGAGAUAACGUUCCUUUCAGUCCUAUCAGCUUGUGCACACUGUGGGUGUGUAGAAGAAGGCAUGGAAAUUUUCUAUAAGAUGGAGAAGUAUGGGUUAAUGGCAAACAUCAAGCAUUAUGGUUGUCUAGUUGACCUUUUAGGAAGGGCAGGAAGGUUACAGGAGGCUCUUGAUUUGAUCAAGGGGAUGCCUAUAAGCCCAAAUGCCACUGUUUUUGGGUCUCUGCUUGGAGCAUGCCGAAUUCACGGCAACAUGGAUAUGGCAGAAUGUGUGCUUGAAGAGGUUGAGAAAUUGAACUCCAACAACAGUCGCUCUUGUGAUGAUUUACAUUAUGUGCUGCUGUCUAAUAUUUAUGCCGCCUCUGAACGAUGGGAGAAAGCUCAACAGACAAGGCUUUCCUUGUCAAAUAAAGGGUCUCAAAAGAUGCCUGGGUGCAGUUUAGUCAUGCUUGAAGGCCCUUACUAGAGUAUAUUUCUCCCCAAUGAAGUCUAUGGUGGCCUGUGAACAAUAUGGAUCACAGUACAAACAAAAUUGAGUCUAUCACUGAAGUAAUUCCCGGAUCCUUUGUCUCUAUUUGAGUCUAAUCACCCCCUUUUUAACAAAAUCCUCCCCCACUAUAUGUAACGGAUGGCAGUAUGCCACAGACUAAAGCUUUGUCCGGCAUUCAUCCGUUAAAGCACCCACAGAGAUACCAUCCACAGUUUUGAUGUGACAUCAUUCUUCCUGCACUCCCCUAUAUAUCCUACCUUAGCUCAUGAAGAUAGAUAGAUAGAUAGAGAGAGAGAGAGAGAGAGAGAGAAUGGGUAUGGUGAGAAAAUGGUUCAGAAGGUUGAAGAAGAUGUUGAAAGCAAAGGGCAAGAGAUCAGCAGAAGCAGAAGAAACUGCUUCUUCAGCUUCACCUCCUGCUGCAGCAGCAGCUCAGGAUGAUAAGCUAUUUCUCCCACCCAGAGCCAGCAGAAGCACUCAAGCUACAACUGAACUUUGUGAUGAUCAUCCAGCUACAGCCUUGUCAAAUUGAUGCCCAGCAUUUCUCUUAAAAAGUAAUAAUAUCUGUAUUUUGAGUAGUUUCUUCUUGUUCUUCCUUGGUGCAAUUUCUGUACUUUCUAUUAUGAUCUAGUGUAUGUUUUCCCUUUCAUUUCUC